AACAAUUUCGUUGCAUUCCGUUACUAUGUUUCUAAACUCAUGUUUUCAGCUACACAUUUGGUAUAAUUCACUAAAGGUAUAAGCGUAUGGUUUGCUAGCCACAAGUAUUCCUUUUCCCCCUUUUGACUUGAUAAGUUUGGUUAUGACGUCAGGUACCGCGAAAUCAGUCGAAUGCAGACGAAAAUUUCCUCGAGGGGCUUUUAGAGGACCCGCUAUUUGGAAGUGCGAAUUAUUGACAUUGAUACCUGGACAAAUACAACCAUUAGUGCGCUCUAAACGCAUGCUAUAAGUAAUUAUUUAUUUCGAGUGAGAGAUAAAGUUCUGCAAAUCUAUAAUGACAAGGUCGAAGAUAGAAUUAGGGGAUGUCACACCUCACAAUAUAAAGCAGCUGAAACUACUCAACCAAGUAGUCUUCCCUGUCUCUUAUAAUGAGAAAUUCUACAAAGACGUUUUGGAGGCUGGCGAACUUGCUAAACUUGCCUAUUAUAAUGACAUUGUGGUUGGGGCUGUAUGCUGUCGCCUAGAUACAUCUGAGAACUCACGCCGACUAUAUAUAAUGACUCUAGGGUGCUUAUACCCUUAUCGGCGUUUGGGUAUUGGUACUGUUAUGGUGCAGCAUGUGUUGAACUAUGUAUCUAAAGAUGGAAACUUUGAUUCUAUAUUCCUGCACGUCCAGGUCAACAAUGAAGGAGCUAUUGAUUUUUACAAAAAAUUUGGCUUUGAAGUAGUGGAAACUAAAAAACAUUACUAUAAACGCAUUGAGCCAGCUGACGCACACGUCUUGCAAAAAACUUUACGCCCAGUAACGACUGCUAACCAUCAAACAACCAGCCAAUGAAAAAUUAACUUCAUCCAUCAAUAUGCCAUCAUCUGUUUUCAUCGUAUAAUGUUAUCUGCUGUACAAAUUGUCAAUAAAGAUUGUUCCUCGUAA